CAUAUCGCUUAUUUCGUGUCAUGCUGCACCAACUGAGAUGAACGCGAAUGCGAACUGACCUUUUUCAAGUCGCCCCUCCUCCUCCUCCUCUCCCAAAAUCUCCCCCGUCUCUGUAAAACAGGAUGCUGCUACUUCGUUUGCGGUGCCAACAGCUGAGGUCUGCUUCCUGAGUUUCACUCCAGCCUAUGAGAGUUGCAGGAAAAGAAAGGAAGUGUGUGUUUGUGCGAAGGCAAGGGACAGUGUGUAAUGUACAUUUGUGAGAGAGAGCAAAAGAAAAAAGAGAGAGAGACUAUGGAAUGCUGUGAUGUCACCAGCUAAGUCAUACACAAAGGCAAGAAGGAAACACAGACUCUCACUCUCUCCCUCACACUAAAGUCUGUCGUGGAGCGUCCGCACCCAGCUCGUGUCCAGUUGAUGGGUUCUGAUCAGUGAUGAGAGCGUGUGUGUGGUGAACGGAUCAAGCUGGGCUUCAUCGUCUUUACCACCGUCAUCCUCGUUCUGAAGGGCUGUUGCUGAAUCUCAGGAUCUAUUCUGGUGCACCACACACACGGCCAUGCUGCAGCAGAUCUUAAAUGAUAUGUACAUCGACCCGGAUGUGCUGGAUGCUCUGAACGACGAGCAGAAGAAGACGCUCUUCCUGAAGAUGCGCGAGGAGCAGGUGCGACGCUGGAAAGAGUGUGAGGAGAAGCUGGAGAGGGAACCACUCAAACCCAAACCAAAGACAGCUCAUAGCAAGAGUGUCAGCUGGCUGCUGGGACGAGAUGGAGACGUACAGGUCAUUGUCAUCGAAGAGAUGGAUGAACUCAAGUCCUCCAAGAUCAUCUAUUCAGGUUUUGGAGAGAGAAAAACGGCCAGCGUCCUCAACAAUUCACACAACCAGCCCGGCACUUUGAAGAGCAACUUGACAAACCGAACAUCAGCAGAACCUGUGCGAUCAGGACGAGAAAACCUGCCUCCUAAAGCACAUUCAGGAGUUCAGCUGAACUUUAAGGACAACAGUGACAAAGAGUUAAGGACUCUGCCGCCCCCACAGAUGCCAGUAAAUGAAGAAAAGCCAUCAGCACCUUUAGAUAAUGUAUCCCAUCAGCCUCAGGAGUCCAGAGAGGAGGCUGAGUCAGGACACUCAAAGGAUGACUCAGCACUAUUGUCCUCAAUUUGCUAUCGGGCCCAUCCGAGAUCUUGCCUCCAGACACCCUCGGCUCUCAGCAGACCUGUCUAUACAGACACUGAGGACACGGCGACCAAUCAGCUGUCUGACGCCUCCAGACUCCAUCCCCAAGACACCCCCAAACCUCAGAUCAACAGAGGUGAUUUCCGAGUGGUUGCCGCCUCUAAACGGGCGUUUUCUGUGGAUGUGGGGUCCGAGGUAGCUGUGGAGAAGUGUUCGGGACGAGGACGUGUUGCUCAGCUCAUGAAAACUUUCAGUGUGUCCAGUGAGUCUCCGGCCUGCCAAACGCCACCCCGUGCCAACAAACCUCCAAUCCCAGAAAAGCCUAACCACUUGAGACUCCGCCCCGCACCCUCUCUCAGGUAAUCAACAAAGGACCAACCCCUGCGGCGCAAUCAGGACAGCUAGCCAGGGGGAUGCGGUCAUCGGCUACAUUUGAAGGGUGUGGUGCUUGGUCUCUCUCAGGAAUUUGAGUAUUUUAGCUACCAAAUUAAUGAAAGGUAAUUAUUUUUUUCAGUAUUGCUGCAUGUUUUGUUAUUUGUGACAUGGUAUGAGGGAUUUGUAAAAAAAUAUCAGCAGGAAUGAAACGCCAGAUCUAUCACUUAAACAUUCGGCAAUAUUGUUGACCUGGCUGUAUCUCUAAACUGCACUCAGAUGCAUAUUUACAAGUGCCUUUCUGUUUUAAAGGGUCACAUGAAAUCUGUAUAAGAUUGAGAUAACUCCAAAAAAAAAAAAAAAAUCGUGCCUAACCAAAUUGAAUCAGUCCGCAAAACAUGAAGGCCGGAGUGUGUGUUAAGGCCGUCAUGUUUUAGUGGGGAAACGGUCAAACCCGUUUUUUUUUUUUUUUUUUUUUUUUGGCCAAUGCAAUAUCAGAGUGCAGGGUGGCUUAUAUAAUGCCCAUGUUUAUUGUAAUUUACUACUUAAUUCUAGCAAUUAAGAUGUACAUAAAGUUGCUGAAUUAAAAUGAAUUAUUCAAUAUUUACUCAAGUCAUUAAAAAUACUAGGAAAUUCACUGACAAAGCUACAUUUUGGAACUGAAACUACUCUAGACAGUGCCAAAUAUUGGCUAAUUAAUCAGCCUGGCUGAUAUUGGUCUAUCAAUUCUCUGUUGCUGGUUUCAUGUUUGUUUUUUUAUGUAUAUAUAUCCUAGCCAGACCUUUACUUGAAGGUUGUUGGUCUUAUGUUUAAGUUUUCAAUCUUUGGCAAUCAGGUUAGUAGGGCAGUGGUCACCUUCAUGUAAAUUGUUUUCUCACAUUCACAUUUGCUUGCACUUACUGUUGUUGUUGUUUUUUUUUACGUGUUGUGAUCUGGAAGAGUUUAUAUAAUUACUCUAAGUCUUGAAUGACCUGUCCACACAUACAGGAUAAGUGUGGGAUAUUGCCUCUGUAAUAAAAUGAUCAAACCCC